AUGGAACAAACUGUAGUGAUUGUUGGUGCCGGACCUUCUGGUCUUGCAACAGCUGCGUGCUUAGCGGCUCACUCUAUUCCUCAUGUCAUCCUCGAAAGAGAGGAUGUUUAUGCUUCUCUUUGGAAGAGACGAGCUUAUGAUCGGUUGAAGCUUCAUUUGGCCAAAGAGUUUUGUGCUUUGCCCUUCAAACCACACUCACCGGAUAGCCCUACUUACAUACCUAAAGACAUGUUCGUGGACUACCUCGACGACUAUGUCAGAACGUUCGACAUCCGACCGAAGUAUUACCGGUCCGUGGAAUCAGUUGUGUAUGAUGAAGCUGAGGGGAAAUGGCGGAUCGAGGCGAGGAACACCGAGACCAGGGGUGUGGAAGUUUACGUUGCUGAGUUCUUGGUGAUAGCUUCGGGGGAGAACAGUGUCAAAUACAUCCCCUACUUGCCUGGGCUGGAUACUUUCGAAGGUGAAAUCUUGCAUUCCAACGAGUACAAAUCGGGUGCCAAGUAUGAAAACAAGGAUGUCCUAGUCGUUGGUUGUGGUAAUUCGGGCAUGGAGAUAGCUUACGAUCUAUCGAAUUUCGGAGUUCGCUCAUGGAUUGUCAUAAGAAGCCCUUUUCAUGUGUUGACCAAAGAGAUCGUGCGGGUAGGGAUGACAAUGUCCAAGUACAUCCCGAUUCGUCUUGUUGAUUUCAUGGCCGUAGCGAUGUCGAAUAUAGUGUUGGGAGAUCUGUCGGAGUAUGGGAUCCGUCGACCAAAGCAAGGUCCUUUUUAUCUUAAAGCAACAGCCGGGAGAGCUCCUGUGAUUGAUGUUGGAACUAUUGGCAAAAUCAAAUCUAAAGAGAUAAAGGUUGUCCCAGCGAUAUCAAACAUAGAUGGAAAGAAGGUAUUAUUUAAGGAUAACGUGGAGAAAGAAUUCGACGUGAUAGUUCUUGCGACGGGCUAUAAAAGCGUUACUAAUAACUGGCUCAAGGACUAUAACUAUAUUCUGAAUGAGGAAGGGAUGCCUAAAAAUCAUUUCCCGAAUCAUUGGAAAGGAGGAAACAACCUCUACUGUUGUGGGUUAUCGAGGAGGGGAUUAUUUGGUUUGUCGAUGGAUGCUAUGGCCAUUGCUGAUGACAUUAAGAAAGUUGUCAGUGAAACGAAGAACAAUCGAAAAUGA